AUACGUAUUAUUAGUAAACAACUAAGCUCUACUCGAUCGUUUCAAGCCAGGGAAUUAUGGGAAACGCCACUGAACCUUACCUAUGUUGUAAUACAAACAGAACUUUUUAAAUUUAUUUUGGACAAUUUCCUUUCUCUUUUUAAUUAAACUUUAUGAAAACUAAGCAGUAUAUCCAUAAAUAUGUGAUCUGUCCCGAGCUAUUAUAUCGAGUUUUUAGAAAGAUAAAUAGUUACUCAGCAGAUACUUAUACUUUUUAUUCCUUUGAAAUAGGAUUUGGACUUAAUCUAAAAAUUAAAUUUGCAUAUUACCUGAUAUAACUACUUAGCUUAACGUUAUACUUCACUCAAAGAUCUUUAAGCAAUUCUAUAAUCUAUGGUUCUGUCUCUCCAUAGUCAUCCUUAAGGUAAACAAAGGAAAUGCAAGCAAUCUUUUUCUUGAUAUGAUUAUUGUUUCUAAUGUGAAAGUUCUGAAAUCUAAUCUGUUUUGCAUUGUAUAUUCGACAUGGUCAAAACUUUGUGGGAAAGAAAAUUUCAUAUGAACUUAGCACAGCAUUUUUCUCCUCUUAAUCAUGAAUAGAAUAAAUCAAUGCUGUAAAAUUGAUCAUAGCAUUCAAGAAUUUCUAAUUGCUUGGUGUAAAUUGAAAGAAACUAACUUAAACUGCAGAAAUGAAUGGAAUGAUGCCUAUUCAAAGUGAACAUUCUGAGAAAAAGAAAAGAAACUACAAGCUUAUUAUAGAUCCUGCCUUAAAAAAGGGUCCUGAAAAAGUUUAUAGAUAUGAUGGAGUUGUUCCUGGUUUGGAAAAAUAUUAUCCCACUGUGCACGUUAGAGAUCCUCGUUCCAGACUUUCGACUAUUUGGGCUAGAAAUGAGCCCGCAGAUCUCAUCCUACCAAGAUUUAAGAUUGAUGACAACUAUAUUGGCAUUCCUCCACCUUUACAAGUCACGAUUAAAAAUCUGAAUGAUAAUAUUAAUAAACAAUUCUUGGAUGACAUGCUAAAAAAGUAUGGUGAAGUUGAACAGUCUCAGAUAUAUUAUCAUCCAGCUACCAGAAAGCAUCUCAGACUUGCCCAUGUAACAUUUACUUCUGUGCAUGCUGCCAAACUGUGUGUUGACAAGUUAAAUAGAAGCUCUGUAAUGGGAGAUGUUCUUAGUGUUUAUUUGGACCCCUUUGGCAAAGAUUGCACUAGAUGUUAUGAAGAGGCUGUUUCUGGUAGAACAAGAACAACUUCCAUGGGAGAAGAGCCAUUGAUGAUAAGUGAUCCACGUAAAAGAUUUCCUUCAAUUUCAAGUGAAAAUGAAUUUAGUACUUUUAAUAAAUCGAAGAGAGAGCCAGCGCGAGUGUUUAAUUCAGACCAUACAACUCCUUUGGGAUCUGACUUUGGUUAUGGCACUGAAAGUCUACAUAGUAGUCGAAUGUCAGAUCACACCUUAAGUGUUCAGUCUGAUGUCAGUUAUCACUCUUUGCACUCAACUCCCAGUCAAAUGUCCUAUGACUCUGGAUAUGCUUAUAAAUAUAAUGCCCAAAGCACUCAGUGCAAACCAAUUCCACCUCCUCCAAAUUCAUCAAAAAACAAUACAUGGGAUAAUAAACUUCCUACCGUACCUUGGGGUGAAACUUCCUGCUCUUGGGAUAAUAAUUCCCCGGGUUGGGACUCCCUUGCAAAACGGCAUGUCACUCCACCUACCACACCAGUGAGUGUGCCAAAACAAAGUCCCAUUAGAGAGAGUUUAGAUACUAGAAUUGAACUUCUUUUAAAACAAACAGAAGGAAAAUCUAGCUUUUUAGACCUGGGAGCUGUGUCAGCUCAAAUUGGAGAACUUUCCUCAGAGUCUUGCAAUGACAAAGGCAAGUCCAUGCGACCUCCCCUUCCAUCAUGGCCUCAGAGCUCUGGUCCUCCAUUACCCCCGCCGCCAGACAUGUCUCCUCAGCCCCCAUUACCUGAAUCUGAUGAACCCCCUCCACCACCUCCUGAAGAAGAUGAUUUUGUGCUUGAUUCUACGCCGCCAUCUCCUUUUCUAAGUUAUACUGAAUACCAUAAAUGGGCUGUUGUUACCAAUGACCUUGACUCUGGCAAAUUAAACUCUCUCUCAGACAUAGUUAUUCGUGACGAUCUACUUCUCAAUCAUCCAAUCCCUCUUAAAGGAGUUAGAUUAUCAAAUAUUAAUUGGAAUGUAAAACUUGAACCAGAUGAGAGACCUGAUGAAUCUCCUUUAAUAGAUGAAAAGGGAGAUUCUACUCCUGUGCGUGAUGAAUUACCAAUUGAGGAUGAUGAUAAAAUGUCGUUGUCUUCCCUAAGUGAUGGUGAGAACAAAUUAGAACUUCAUAUUCCAACUGUUAUUGGGGGAGCAAUUCAAGUUCCUCCUAAUCAAAAACCACUUAAUCAUGUGCUUAAUUCAGCUGUAGAAACAAAUAAGUAUGCAUCAUUAUAUCCACAUCAAAAUGGUCCCUCAGUGUAUUCAGCAUCAGAUACGACCUCUACAUAUCCUUCAUAUCCUGGUGCGCCAUCUUACGUACCUUCAAAUGUUUAUGGUAAUCCUCCAGCACCAGGAACUUCAUCAUCAUCUGCGUCUACCAUUGUACCUCCUUAUCUAAGUGGAAGUUCAUCAGCUUCCGUUAGUCAUCCAAUGUAUCCUAGUGAGCAAGUGCAAAUGAUGGCUCGUAUGGGUAUUUGGAAGCCAGGAAUGGGAUCUGGAAUUUCAACUCCUGCGUCAAGCUAUAACUCUAGUUACAAUCAUACUCCGUAUUCGCUUGAAAAUUAUUAUAACCGUUCACAACCUACAGUUCCACCUACUGCUCCUCCAUCUUUCUCUGUUUCAUCAGUGCCAUUGCCUCCACCUUCCAAAAUUGCUGAAAUGAUAAUGAGACCACCUCCUGGAUAUCCAGUAGGGCCUCCUGGAUUUUCUCAGCCUGUUGCUCCGGGUACUAUGUCAGUGUUUCCACCAUUUAGUCAGCCACCACCCAUUGAAGUUAGAGAUCCACAUACUCCAACCAUUAAUGGUGUAUUAGAUGCAGUUGUUAAAGAAAUGAAAUUAGUUAUGAAAAAGGAUAUAAGCAAACGAAUGAUAGAAAUUACUGCAUUUAAAAGAUAUGAACAAUGGUGGGAUGAGCAGGUACAUAAAGAAAAGCUUAAAACUCAAGGUGAUGUUCCUAUUAAAACACCUGAAAAAGUCCAAGCUCCUGCAUUGUCAUCAAUCGGUGCUCUGUUUGAUACAAACCGUUCAUCAUUUGGCUUCAAUGCUGAUCUUGCAAGUAUUGGUCUUGGAUUAAGAGCUACUAUGCCAAGAAUGCCUUCAUUUAGGAGAAAAAUUAUCAAACCUCCAUCACCUCCUCCUCUGGAUGAUGAGGACAGCAAAAAAGCUGAAGAAUCUGAUACUGAAAAGUUAAAAUCAGAGUCUGAUACUGAGUGCCGAAAAUCUGAAUCAGAUGCAGAAAACUCGAUUGCACCUAAAAGAAGAAGAGUUGUGUUUUCUUCAGAUGAAGAAGAGCAGAGCUCUCAAGAAAGUGAAAGUGAGAAAGAAGAAUCAGAUGAAGAUUCAAGUUCUGCAGAAGAAAGUUCUGGUAGUGAGAGCGAUUCUGAAGAGUCUGAUUUUGCAUCUGGUGAGAGUGAAGGAGAAUCUGCUGAUGAAGAAGUUGCUGAGUCUGCAAUGAGUGAUGAGGAUAGUGUGCUGGCACAAAAACAAGUUACUCCCAUCAAAAAGGAAAAAGAGCGUAUAGAAUUAUUGGAGUCACAAGAGGCCAAGAUUGAUGUUACAUCAAAUGAAAAAUCAGUAAAAACCUCCUUUGAAGGUGUUCUGGAUAAUUCUAAAAAGAAACCCAGAGAUAGUCUCACUAGUUGUGAUGAGGAAUCAUCUAUUGCUGAAACUCCAGUUGUUACUGCUGAAGAAGAAACUGAGCAAGAAAAGAUGGAUAUUAGUGAUGAUCUUGAUGAUAUUUCUGAAGGUGAAAUAGCUCCAAGUGAUAAAGAAAUUGAAGAAGAUAAGGAAAAAGAGCAGACAGAUACCAUAUCAAAACAAGCUGAAAAGAGUACUGAACCCAAAACUCUUAAAGAAACUGUGUGCGACAGUGACACUGACUCCACAGCGAGUGACACUAAAGGAAAGGAAGAAAAAAUAAAAACUACUAAGGAAAAACCUAUGGAGGUUGAAACUCUUGAAACAGAAGCACCUAAUGAUAUAGUACAAGAAGCUAGUCAUGAAUUUAGCCACUUAGAAGCAUCGGAAGCUUUAAUGGAAUUGGCAUCGUUCUAUUCGGCGUUUGAUCGUCAGGACAUUGCCAAAACUGCUAAAGAAGCAGAAACCAUCGGCAAGUCUGAUGCUAAAAAAAUUGAUGAACAAACUAAUGACUUAACUAACGGUGAGCUAGAUUUUGAUUCGGAAGCAACUUUGUCUGCUGAUGAAUCUAAGAUGUAUGAAAACAUGAACAGUGAGGAAGAAUACAUUUGUAGCUUAGAAGAGUAUGAUGGCAAUCAUGUUACGCAAAUGAUUCACGAACAUAGUUAUUGUGUUCCUAAGUUUAUAAGGACGCCUAAGCUUCCUCCUCCUCCGCAGCAGUCUAUUCUUAAACCGGUGCAAAAAACUAGUGAUAAAACUAGUAAAAAAACAGUUACUCUCCAAGGUGGGGAUCAUGAAUAUACUAGAGCACGAGUUGUAACUCCUCCAUUUGUGAGACCUGAAUCUCCUGUGAAAGUUGUACCAAAGAGAAAAACAAAAGUUAAGAGAAAGCGACGAUCUAGCAGAACUAGUUAUAAAGAGAAUUAUGAGGAAAUUAGACAGACUCCCGAACCCCCUUCGACUUACACGGGCUUCACGAAACGAAGUGUCAUUGAGGAGAUGUGUGUUCUUUAUGAAUUUUUGAAAAACGGUCUUGACCAGGAAGAUACCAUGUACCUGCAAAGAAGUUACGAAGCUUUAUUGCAGGAUGAUACCCAAGGAUUCUGGUUAAACGAUACCCAUUGGGUGGAUUGUCCAACUAGCAUUCCAACUCCACCUAAGAAAAAGAAGAAAGAUGAUAGUACAAGAACACAUUUGUCUGGCUGUGCUAGGUGUGAAGGUUAUUACAAGCUUGAUGUCAAAGAGAAAGCAUGUGUAUAUAAUAGUGCAAUGCCCUCUUUAGAAAUGGAUGGUGAACAGGACCCUGCUAACAAAGCCAAAACAACUGCACAAUCAAACAGGGAAGCAAGAUCUAACCAGAGAAGGUUGUUAACCUCAUUUGGAGAAGCUGAUUUUUAUAGUGAUCUUCUUAAAUUUAAUCAGCUGAAAUUCCGAAAGAAGCAAUUGAAAUUCGCCCGAAGUAGAAUUCAUGACUGGGGUCUGUUUGCUCUCGAGCCUAUAGCUGCAGAUGAAAUGGUGAUUGAAUAUGUUGGACAAAUGGUCCGACCGCUUGUUGCUGACAUGCGUGAGAAAAACUACACUUUACAAGGUGUUGGAAGCUCAUACUUGUUUAAAGUUGAUGUUGAGGGCAUUAUUGAUGCUACUAGAUGUGGCAAUCUAGCGAGGUUUAUCAAUCAUAGCUGCAAUCCAAAUUGUUAUGCAAAAAUUAUUACUGUUGAAGGACUGAAAAAGAUUGUAAUAUAUUCAAAACAACCUAUCAAUGUUAACGAAGAAAUCACCUACGAUUAUAAAUUUCCAAUUGAAGAAGAAAAGAUAUCUUGUCUUUGUGGUGCGCCUCAGUGUCGUGGAACUCUAAAUUAAAGCUUCGUUUUUUAACUAAUGUGAAUGAGCAAUACAACUUUUAUGUGAUAUUGAGUCCAGAGGUAUGAACAAUUUAAAAACACUAGUACAUUUAUAAAAUUGCCCCUUGAUCAACUGAAAUUGUACAUAAUUAAUUCUGCUUUAUUCAUCUCAUCAUAUUUUUUUGAAAUGUACAGAGAAAAGAGUAAUUUUUAAAUAACUUCCGAUAAACUUUCAAGGUAUGUUGAAAAGUUUAUAACUGUAAAAUUGACUAAAGAUAUUUUUACUAUAAAUUAUAUAUUUAUUCGGCACAUGAGUUGUAGUUAAGCUGUAAUUUUUAAGAAAAUACUCAUAUUUGUUAUAUUUUUCAUGUUAUCUCGUAUUAUGUAAAGUUGUGUGCAAAAUUAAAUACAUAUUUAUUUAUAAAAAAUAUUUUGAGUAUUAAGACUAAUAAAUUCUAUCUUGAUGUUUGUUUGGCAUUUUUAUAUUAAGCACAAUGUUUUAAAUAUUUCAUAAAUCAUCGGCAUUCAUCACGAAAUGACUAUUUUCAUUUUUUUGUUAUAUUAUUUGAUUGUCUUUGUUUUAGGCAAAGUGUUUAUUAUACUUUUCAUGAACCAAUACACAAUGCAUCACUGCUUUUAUUAUUCGGAACAAUGCUUAUUAAUCUUCUAAAAUUAAAAUCAAGUUUCAAGUGAAACAAAAAUAUCAGCUGCUCAUGUAUCUUUAUACAGGAAUCUAAUGGUGACUGUUACUUGAAAUGUAACAUAAAGUUACGUAUUUAUCUGACCAAUUAAUUUUAUCUUUCAAAUGGUAUUACUUAAAUGUAACUUUAUUAAAUACAGGAGCUAUUCUAACACAAAAGGGAGAAAAAAAAUUUAUUCUAUUUCUAUCCAAUUAAAACAUGAAAGUUAAUACAUAUUUUCUUGCCUCUGUGAACAAUUUUUGCACCUUUAUGUUGAAUCCUUUUGGAAUAAAAAGUUUUCCCUAUGUUCUUUUAAAUUAAACUUGGGAAUAAACCUGAGAAAUACAUUGAGACAAAUAAUAUCUUUAAUUUUCUAAGUUGCAAAUAAUUAUUUUAAAAGGAAAAUUUUUUAGAUUAUUUCUAUUUAAAUGUAAAAGAUUUUGGUGAUCAAAUGGUUCUUGAUUAACCUAUGUGCUGUUUUUUUUAGUGUUGUUUAGUUAAGUGUCUGAAAGCUAGGGACAAACUUCUUUUUUUUUUUUUUUUGUCAUUUCUAAAUACAUUUACAAAAAGUUUGCAAGAAUUUACUUAUAUUGCUUGCUUAUUAUGCUUCAAAAAUUGUCUUGUGUCUUUAAAGAAUUAUUUAAACUUUAUACAGAGUGGGCACAAAAGUUGUAGCUGCAGAUAUAAUGCAUCAAAAUACCUGAAUUAAAUUUUAGGGCACUAUUUUUUGUAACAAUUUACAAUUUUUUUUUCUUUCCCGUAUGACUAUGUAACAACUUUACAAAAAUUGAUUAGAUGGAGUUCAUAUUUAUAAACUUAGCCUGUUCAUUUCUCUAUUUUGAGUGCAAUGUUAUACAUGGCUGUGUGUGUUUUUAUAACUUAAUUAAUAAAAACAUUCUAAAACACAAAUUUAAUCAAAUUUUUUUUUGUCUCGCCUCUUCCAACUCAAUACUAAUAUAUAAUUUUAACUAAAAAUGCAAAGGAACUAAAAAAAAAAAAUUUUUUUUUUAUUUUUUUUUUUUUUUGCAAUUUCUUUAAAUCUAAAGUUUACAUUCUAAGAUGUUAAGUCUGCAUAAGAUAUUUUUAGUUUCAAAAAUUACUUCGUAAUUUUUUUCCUACAAAUUUGAACUUCUUUACCUUAAUAUAAAGUAGCCACAAUAUGGAAAAUAUAGAGUUCCAGAGCUAAAAAUGUAUAAGAAAAUUGUUUGUAUUCAAGCCAUUAAGGAUUUCAUAUUAUUACCAUUAACACUAAGGGAAUAUAUUAUAUAUGUAAUGCAAUUUUUGACCAAUAUAUAUAUUUCUUUAACAAUGCCUCUUUUUCUCUAUUUGAUUUUAAAAUAUAUGUCCUCAAGAACCACCAUGUUAUCUGCAUUACUGAACAUAGUGUUUUGAUUAUAAAACUUAAAAAAUUUAUAGAAUAUUAGGGUGAAAUAUAUUUUUUUGUGUGCCUUCUCUGUAUUCUUCACUUUACGCCACAUGGAGAAAAAAUUUAUGUUGAUUCUGUUUGAAUUAUAUUUUACUUUUUUUCCCUCUUCUGAAAUUACUUUUUUCUUAGUGUAGUUAUUAUAUUGGGCUUUGAAUCAGAUUUUAUCUUUCAUUUUUUUUCUUACUUCAAAUAAAGUGUGAAUUAACACUUUAUUGAAUUUCAAAAAAUUAACUUUUAAAUUAUAUAGAUAUUAUACUUCUUUCUACAACCCUUAUUAUAAUUCUUUUUACAACUCCCGUUGUAUUUCUUUUUCAUGUGAAGACUUUGCAAAACAAAAAAUGAUUUGUAUUUUUAGUACCACCAUACAUGAUCCAAUAUCUUUAUAUGUAAAUAUAUAUAUACACACAUUUCUCCAAAAUUGCCAUAAAUGUUUUUAUGUGUUAAAAUAUAGGGAGACUUUACAUUGAGUAAUUUAUGCACAAAGUAUUAGAUUCAGUCAAUAAAUAACAAGUUAAAGGCUAUUUCCUCAAUUUAGUCAAUGAGACUCAAAUAUGUUGUUCGCUUAGGGACUUGUCACACCAUUCUUUACUUUAAAAAAUCAUUUUUCCCGCCGAGUGCACCCAAUUUAGAAUUUCCCAUUUAAAUUUCUGUAAGAAUUCCUUAUAAAAACAAUUGAAUUAACUCCUGGUUCCUAGAUGUCAUUCUAAUAGCAUUGUUUGCAUGACAAAUAUGGUUACCUAAUGAAUGACAAGUGUGUAGAUCUUUUUUUCAUCCAGCAGCAACCACAUUUCAAAUCCAACUCAAUUUUUCUGAGUAACUAUUUUUCCUAUUUGAGUCCGUCGAAUGCUCCCAAUUUGGAACUUCCCAUUUAAAUUUCUGUAAAAAUUCCUUAUAAAAAAAAUUUAAUUAACUCAUGGUUCCUAGAUGUCAUUCUAAUAGCAUUGUUUACAUGACAAAUACGGUUACCUAAUGAAUGACAAGUGCAUAAAUCUUUCAUCCCGCAGCUACCAUGUUUCAAGUCCAACUCAAUUUUUCUGAGUAACAUAGUUUUGAAAAGCAUCCACCUCUUUUUCUUAUUGACUGCACAUCACAUGUAGAAAUAAACUCCCGAACUUUCUCUAUUUUUAAACUAAAUCUCUCUUGCAUUAAAAAAUUAUUUUUCUUAUUUUAUUCCGAAAAAUUGAAGAUUAAAAAAUUAUCGCUACAAACGGUCGAUUAAUAUAUGGAUUGAUUGCUACAAAAAAAAAUCACAAUUCUUUUGAGGGAUUCUUGAUUUUAUUGGUGAAUACUUGAUCAUCGAUACCGAAAUACUUUUUGGGUGAUCAAUUUGGGGCAUAGAGCGAUGGGUUGCAAAAUAUAAAAACUCAUUUUAACAUGUUUAUGAUCAAAAAUAUGCAUGCAAAGUUUUCCUAUAUUUUGACUGUAAUUAACUGUGUUCAUCCACUCGACUCUUCAGUGCAAAAUUAUUGUUUUCUCAAUGCAAAAUUAUUAUUUUCUCAAUGCAAAAUUAUUGUUUUCUCAAUGCAAAAUUAUUGUUUUCUCAAUGCAAAAAUAUUGUUUUCUCAAUGCAAAAAUAUUAUUUUCUCAGAAGUGCCAGCUAUUACAAUUUCCUUGUCAAGAUUACAGUCUUUUGGUUGAGUAAUAAAAAUUACGAUUUGGGAAAAUUUUUGUAAUCUGUUAAAGAAUUUUUUUUUUUUACCAAGAGCUAUGAAAUUUUGUUGCGGAUAUUGAAAAAAAAGGUAACAAUUAAGUAUUACUUUUUUGUUCAAUAAUAAUUUCGUGCAUAAUAUUGUGUACAUACCUAUGUAGAUUUAAGUAGCAAAAGCACCCUGAAAUUGAAUUUGAAUUUUGUUUAUAUUAUGUGUAUUAUUGCACUUUUGAUUACGGAUAGCUAGUUUGGAAAGUUGGUACUUCUACUUUCUAAGUCACUAUCAAUUGCAUGUUGUGGACAUCACACAGACUUACAGUAUUAUGUGUGACUAGGAAAUAAAAUAUUACUGAGUUUUUUUUUUUUUUAUUAUUGCUCUGACUAAUUUUCCUUUUCUUUUUUUCUUACAUGCUUCACUAGGAUAAAAACAAAAAGCUUUCAUCUGAUGUUCAUAAAAAAUGGUGAAAAAAGUAUAUUAAGCAUAAAAAUUAAAGAUGCCUUGUUAUAUUCAUUGUACAUACUAUUCACUAAUGCGCAUUUGUACAUCAUAAUAUGAAAAGAAUUAGUUUUGUGAGCACUUUGCUCUAUCUUUGUUAUGUAACGUGACACUUUCAUAACCUGUAAAUAUGUAUGUUUAUGCAUUAAAAUUAUGUCUGUUUUCUGAAAAAAAA